AUGUUGGCUUCAUCCGCUUCGGUGAUUUCCGGAAAUAAUAAUCACAUUCUCGUGGUGCAUGCUUUACCCGAGUUGAAAGAGAAGGGAAAAAAUUAUCGGGAUGAAAUGAUGAAUGUGUUGGGCAUUGAAAAUUAUAACAAGGAGCAUGAUUUGGAAUCGGAACAUGUAACCAUGCCGUUAAACACGAAAUAUUACAGUACAAAUAUUUGUCUUCAUUUCUGGGAUGUGGCACAACAUUCAAUUUGUCCAUUUGAUUGGGUAAAUAAGAGUGUGCAAGUGAUCAUUGGUAUUCCUGAUUAUCAAUCGGAUUUAGUCUUGGAAAAUAUUUUGAAAUAUAAGAAUGAAAUUGAAUCUGGCUUUAUUUAUUAUAUUGACGAGCCACAUGAUAAGGUGAAAGAUGAAUCUCGACAUUGGUGUGUUGAAAAUAAUUUUGAAUUGAUUGUAAAGAAUUACAAAAAGGAGGAACAGGAGGAAGAAGAAUCUGCAUCAAUUAUUGACGAUAAAAGAGGAGUGGAAAGAUUGAUGGAGGCUUUGGAAUGUACCAUGUGGCCUGAUAUGGUUCGUCACAAUCCAAAAACUUUAUCAAAGUCCAUGCCUCAAAAUAUUUCAGAAUCUAAGGAAGAGCCAAUAGCUGCUUCUGAUGUCAAGAAGGAUGAAAAGAAGGAAAAGCCACAAGCAAAAACAACGGAAGAGCUUUUGGAAGAAGAGGAAAUCUUAGAAGAUGAAGAAAAGGAAAUGAAAGUCUUGGAUCAACUCAUGACAGAAAUGCUCUUCUUGAGGAAAGAAGGAGCCAACAUUCCACAUGAAGAACGAAAAAAGAGGGCGGAAAUGACUGCUCUCAAGCUCAUGGCAAUGCUUGGUGAAGAAGAUUUUGGUUCAGACGAGGAAGACCAAUAA